ACCCACCUGAACACACUUUACAAGAACGUUCCAAAUCCAAGCAACUAUCCUGCACCAUUCCCAGAAAAGUUGUGGGAAGUCUCUGCAUCAGGCACUCUAUCCAACGCAGCAGUUCCUACUAUCCAACCACUAUCUAAUACAGCCAGUGCCUCCCAACCAGCCAACACAGCCACUUCAUCCAGUGCAACGACACCCUCCUGGACAACACGUCGAUGUCUGGCCAGCAUGCUGAUUGCGAAAGAAGGUCGGAGUCCGCCACAGUCUCCACGGUGCAUCUCAAUUAUCCGUGUGCCGUCAAUCGUGUACGAAACUCUGUCUGUCGAUACAAAAAACCUCCGCUUCGAGAGUCGUCUGGAAGUCCCGCUGUCUUGGGAAGACCCUGAUUUAUCAUGGGACACAUCAGUCUAUCAUCAUGAUGUGGUGGUCCUGCCUGUCAGCAAAAUCUGGACUCCUGAACUCCAUGUGACUAAUGGAGUGCAAACAACGAUGAAGCACGGCAACAAGGAUUUACUGGUGCACAGCAACGGGACUAUAGAGCACAUGGUCAUCAUGAACACUGUGGUGGGCUGUGAGGUCAAUCUGUACAAUUACCCCUUCGCUUCAGAUUUCUGCCCCAUCGCCAUCAAUGUAUGGGCACUUAAAGGAUGUGGCAUGUUCCUGAACUUUGGGAAAGUGAGCACAACUAGUGCAAACCGUGGGGACUGGCUAACCGAGGAGGUGGAACUCAAUGCUAAAGGAGGCAGAGAUGAUCGCAACUAUCUAUGGGUGUCGCUGAAAAUGAGGUCUGAAAACCCAUUUCUGUCCCUGGUCCUGCCCAGUAUACUGAUCAUUGUGGCAGAUGUGGUGAGCUUCUCCCUGCCACUGGGAGGGGGCGAGCGUAUCUCAUUCAAGGUUACACUGGUUCUCAGCUUCAUCAUGUUCCUCAUCAUCCUCAACGACCUACUGCCUGGAGGAGGCCAGUGCAGCCCCAUCAUCCGAAAGCACUUCUGUUUCUGUUUGGUCAUCCUGGUGUUGAGCACGUUGCAGUCUAUGGUGCUCACACGCCUGGCUAAGUGUGGCACUCUCUGGCCCUGCAGCCUCUCCAAGUCCAAAGACUCACUGCUUAAAGACACAGACAAUGAAGAGGAAUCCAAGUCUGAUAUUAAAGCCUCAGAGGAAGAGAAGAAUACAGCCCUCCAGAAGGUGGUGAAGUUUCUCAACAAAAUGGCUGCACAAGACCACAAAAAUGCUAUACACCAUCGCUUUGCCAACAAAGUGGACUUGAUCUGUUUCUGUAUCUAUCUCACCGUCCUCAUCGUUUAUGCAGUCGUCAUUUUAUAUUUCUCCUUUGGUUCUCGAUGUGAGAUCAACCAAUUAGAUUUCUGGUCAUAAAUUCUUUAUUCGCUUUUAACAACCAUAUUUU